AUGGUCAAGGCUGACCAGACCUCGCAGAUCGCCCUCGCUACAAUCUUCGGAUGGGUAGUUCUCGGACCCCUCGUUGCCGGACCGCCUCACGGAGAGAAGGUAGCUCUCCACGGAGCAGCUGAUCAUGAGCUCCACGAACUCCUCACUAAAUUUUGGAUGCAAGAAGAGGUUCCUUCGAAACCCUCGCUAGCCCUCACUCCGGAAGAGCAAGAAUGCGAGGCACACUUCUCUCGCACCCAUUCUCGAGACUCCUCCGGUCGCUACGUGGUGCGACUCCCUCUCCUGGGACCUCGGACUAACCUCGGGGACUCUUACGAGACGGCUCUUCGAGGUCUUAGACGGAUUCAACGGCGCUGCACGGCCAAUCAGGCGUACGGACGCCUCUACAAGGAGUUUCUGCAGGAGUACGAAGACCUCGGACAUAUGCAACCAGCCUCGGAAUCCUCCUUGGGCACCUCCACGAUCUUUUACCUCCCACAUCACGGGGUUUUAACCUCUAAGGGUUCGCAGCCGAAACUGAGGGUCGUAUUCAACGGCUCCAGUGCCACCUCAUCCGGGACUUCUCUCAACGACCUCAUGCAUACAGGUGCGAAACUGCAAUUAGAUAUUUCGGACGUCCUCUUGCGGUUUAGACGGUUCCGGUAUGUGUUCACCACGGACAUCGUAAAGAUGUUUCGGCAGGUCGCUGUACAUCCAGCUGAUUGGGACCUUCAACGUAUCCUCUGGUCGGACCCUCAAGGGAAGACGGUCAGCUACCAAUUGACCACGGUCACCUACGGUACGCGAUCAGCUCCUUUCUUGGCGGCAAGUGCGCUGCUGCAACUCGUGCACGAUGAAGGUCACCGGCACCCCCUCGCUGUGCCUCCACUUCUCAAGGGUCGCUAUGUGGAUGACAUUCUCGGAGGAGGCGACACAGUCAAGGAAGCCGAGGAAGUCGCGGUUCAGCUGACUCAGCUCUGCAGGGCGGGCGGGUUUCCUCUUCAAAAAUGGUCCAGCAAUUGUCCAGAGCUCCUCAAGGUUAUCUCCGGAGACGGCGACACCUCAAGCUCGACCAUGGAUUUCUCCGAUCUCCCCACAAGGAUUCUGGGCUUAUCUUGGCAACCUCUAGCGGAUCACUUCUGGUUUUCCGCUGCACGCACCUUUCGAGAUGCAGUGACGAAACGAACCAUCCUCUCGGAAGUCGCACGUCUGUUUGAUCCGCUCGGAUUCCUCGCACCCCUCACGAUACGAGCGAAGAUUCUCCUCCAGGAGCUGUGGCUUGAACAGCUUGGAUGGGACGAACCACUUCCUCCCUCCACAGCUCUCCGUUGGACAACCUUCAGAACAGAACUACAGGACCUCUCGGACCUCCACAUUCCUCGGUGGCUCAAUCUCACCCCGGAGGGUCGAGUUGAGAUUCACGGAUUCUCGGACGCCUCACAACAUGCGCUGGCUGCAGUUGUAUACCUUCGGAUUUCGUCCUCCACAUCGUCGGCAACCCUGUCGCUAGUCUGCGCCAAGACCAAGGUGGCGCCCCUCAAGAGACUUACCAUCCCUCGGUUAGAGUUGACGGCCGCUCUCCUGCUCGCAAGGCUCGCACAGUAUGUACGGAAUACCCUCGAGCUUUCCUCGGCACCGGUGCACCUCUGGAUGGACUCUGCUGUCGCGCUGACUUGGAUCAGUCAUCAUCCCUCGAGAUGGAAGGAGUUUGUGCGGAAUAGAGUCGGGGCAAUUCAAGACGCCUUACCCGGCGCUCGCUGGAAAUUCAUCUCAGGGCGCGACAACCCCGCGGACUGCGCAUCUCGAGGUCUGACACCGACCCAAUUGAAGGCUCAUACCCUCUGGUGGACUGGACCGGACUGGUUAAGGGCGCCUCCUCACGAGUGGCCGACGGGGCAAUCAACUCCUCAUCCAGACGCAGCCUUAGAAGAAAGACCUAAGGUUACCCACGUUGCCACCGUGGAACAACAUCCUUUCCUCCUGCAACUUAUUGAACGGUGCUCCUCCCUCACUCGACUCCUCAGGGUUGUUGCGACGUGCCUCAGGGCAGCCGCGCGCUUCCGGCGACUACCGAACUCCUCAUUGAACAACCCUCUCUCUCCAAAGGACCUCGCACAUGCACAACUGUCCCUCACUCGAGCCACUCAAGGCUUUCAUUUCCCCUCUGAGCUACGGACUCUCCUCAAGGGUGGAACCAGGCUACGUUGGCUCACCUCAGGCGAUCGCACUGGAUUUUAG